GGUGACGAGUCCGUGGGAAAGAAGCCCGCGUGGGCGUCACGUGGAGGCGAGGCGGCGGCGCGUGACGUGGCGCGCGCGGCCUGGAACGCUUUGUGAGCCCCCGACGCGCGCGGGCACGGGCAACCUCUGGUUCGCGGCGUGCGGAGCGGGUCCGGGGCUGCGGCGGCCAAGCUGCUUGGGAAGCUCUUCGGGCCGCACCCUAGCGCCCGAGGUCUGGAAGGCACAGUUAUGGAACAAGAAGCACAAGAUGGAGAACCUGCUGAAAUUAAGAUCAUCAAGGAAGCAUAUAAGAAAGCCUUUUUAUUCGUUAAUAAAGGACUGAAUACAGAUGAAUUAGGUCAGAAGGAAGAAGCAAAGAACUACUAUAAGCAAGGAAUAGGACAACUACUCAGGGGAAUCAGCAUUGUAUCAACAGAGCCUGAACACACAGGCCCUGGGUGGGAAUCUGCUAGACAGAUGCAACAGAAAAUGAAAGAAACACUACAGAAUGUACGCACCAGGUUAGAAAUUCUAGAGAAGGGCCUUGCUACUUCUCUACGGAAUGACCUUCAGGAGGUGCCCAAGUUAUAUCCAGAAUUUCCGCCUAAAGACAUCUGUGAAAAGUCACCAGAGCCUCAGUCCUUUAAUUUACCUCCUCAGCAUGCUGAAGUAGAUGGAAACGCUUCAGCCCCAAGUGCAGGGUUGGCUGCUGCACCUUCUCUGUCCUUACCAUCUCCAAGCUGUCCAUCAGAAGCUCCUCCUGCUUAUACUCCUCAGGCUGCAGAGGGUCACUACACUGUGUCUUACGGAACAGAUUCUGGGGAGUUUUCAUCUGUGGGAGAAGACUUCUAUAGGAAUCAUUCUCAACCACCUCCUCUUGAGACCUUAGGGCUAGAUGCAGAUGAGUUGAUUUUGAUACCAAAUGGAGUACAGAUUUUUUUUGUAAAUCCUGCAGGGGAGGUUAGUGCACCUUCAUAUCCUGGGUACCUUCGAAUUGUGAGAUUCUUGGAUAAUUCUCUUGAUACAGUUCUAAACCGUCCUCCUGGGUUUCUUCAGGUUUGUGACUGGUUGUAUCCUCUGGUUCCUGAUAGAUCACCAGUUCUGAAAUGUACUGUGGGUGCCUACAUGUUUCCUGAUACAAUGUUACAAGCAGCAGGUUGCUUUGUGGGAGUUGUCUUAUCCUCUGAGUUACCAGAAGAUGAUAGAGAACUCUUUGAGGAUCUGUUAAGACAAAUGUCUGACCUUCGGCUCCAGGCCAACUGGAACAGGGCAGAAGGAGAAAAUGAAUUCCAAAUCCCUGGAAGAGCAAGACGUCCCUCUGACCAAUUGAAGGAAGAAGCUUCUGGCAUUUCAUUAGACCAAGGCAACAAGGAUGUGCGUCAUAGAGGAAAACGUGGAAAAAAGACUAAAGAUACUUCAAGUGAAGAAAUUAAUCUGAGUCACAUUGUACCCUGUGAGCCAGUUUCAGAAGAAAAGGCAAAAGAAUUGCCUGAAUGGAGUGAGAAAGUGGCUCAAAACAUUUUAUCAGGUGCUUCCUGGGUGAGUUGGGGUUUAGUCAAAGGUGCUGAAUUUACUGGUAAAGCAAUCCAGAAAGGUGCUUCUAAACUCCGAGAACGAAUUCAACCAGAAGAAAAACCAGUGGAAGUUAGUCCAGCUGUCACCAGGGGGCUUUAUAUAGCAAAGCAGGCUACAGGAGGAGCAGCGAAAGUCAGUCAAUUCCUGGUUGAUGGAGUUUGUACUGUAGCAAAUUGUGUUGGGAGAGAACUAGCUCCACAUGUCAAGAAGCACGGAAGCAAACUUGUUCCAGAAUCUCUUAAAAGAGACAAAGAUGGGAAGUCUACCCUGGAUGGAGCUAUGGUUGUUGCAGCAAGUAGCGUUCAAGGAUUUUCAACUGUCUGGCAGGGAUUGGAAUGUGCAGCUAGAUGCAUUGUUAACAAUGUUUCAGCAGAAACUGUACAAACUGUCAGAUACAAAUACGGGCAUAAUGCAGGAGAAGCUACACACCAUGCAAUGGAUUCUGCCAUCAAUGUUGGUGUAACUGCCUAUAAUAUUGACAACAUUGGUAUCAAAGCAGUGGUGAAGAAAACUGCAAAACAAACAGGACAAAGACUCCUUGAGGACUAUCAAAUAGUUGAUGCGUCUCAGAGAGAAAGUCAAGAAGGAGUAACAAAUGCAAAUAUGAGAAAAGAGAAGGAUGAACAGACGGAAGAAGUAGAGAAGAAAGAAGCAAAGAAGAAAGAUAAAUGAUGGACGUGCUGGAAAUCACCUAUACCAAAGCCUUACCAGUUGGAGGAAAUUUUGUUAAAUAGGCAAAUGUGGAAUUCCCUGCAGAUAAAUCAGUAUUUUUAAAAAUGCAUUCAUUCCUACAAGUGACCGUCAUACAUUUUAUGACAUGUAUUCCACUUACAAGGAACAGUCAGUAUUUUUGCACCUGGUCUUUAGAAAUAUGCAGUUAUAUUCUCAGUAAAUUUAUUUUUCCCCGAAAUGCAGCCAAAAUAUUUUUGCAGUUAAAAUAAAGCUUAUAAUACAUGUGCUAUAACCUUCAUUAAACUUAUUAUAAAACUAUUUUUAUAUCUGUUAUCUUUCAGAAAGUAGGAAUUAUAUAUUUACAUAAAAUUUGGCAUUUAGUAACCUUAGUUCUAUUUAUAGUGAGAAGGAAUGACUUAACAUACUGCCUCCUCUUUUUGCAUUAAUUGUGGAUCUUUUUAGACACUGAUCAGAAUUUUCAGUGUGUAAGCUAAACAAAAACUAUCAUCCUGAACUAAAAGAAUUAUCAAAUAUUUUACAAGUGUUUUCAAAACAAAAAUGAAGUUGAUCAUGAAAAAUUAGGUUCUGUAAAAAUUAUUUGGUAGCUUAUUGUUGGUUCUGAAAUGAGAUUUUUUUUAAUUUAUAAAAUGUGAAUACAAAUACAUCUGAUAGUCUUUUGGAUUAAGAAUGGUAUUGAUCUAUUAAGAGCCUAGGAAAUUUUUCAGUAUAUGAGUGGUAUUACAUUAAAAUUUGAGGUGAUUUUUAUGAGCUUAAUUAGACAAAAAGUACUCCAAGAAAUAACUUUGCCCUAUAUUCUGUUUUUCUGAAAGGCUAACACUUUGUAAAAAAAAAAAGAAAAGAAAAGAAAAAGAAUAUAAGCCAUUGAAUUUACUGAUGGUAAAUAUAUUUUUAUUUUUGGUUUUAG